AUGGUUGAUUCCACUGAGAAUACCAAGACUCUGUUCAGCUCUCCUUACCUUGUCGACUACUACGACUUACUCCAUCCGAUUUCCGAUUCCGACGAUGCCACCUUCUAUUGGCGAGUCUACCAAGAGCUGCGGUCACCUCUUGUCUCAGCCCCCAGGGAUCCGUUUAUCAUCAUGGACCUGGGCACCGGUAACGGACGUGUGAUUCGGGCUAUUGCAUCUUAUGCAACUCUCACUGGUGAUGAUAUGUACAAUUGCCGAAUCCUAGGAGUUGACAACGCGCCACACAUGCUGGAAAGGGCUCGUCAGAACGAUAACCCAUUUUUCAAGGAACAUGUCUUCUGGUACCUCGGUUCGGCGCUGAACCUGGAGAAAGUCAUGUCUCAGAGUGGUUUUGGCAAGGUCGAUCUUUUGAUCUUUUCCCUCGGCUCAAUAGGCUAUUUGACGCAAGAAGGCCAGCUGAGGAUGUUCCUGAGACAGCUAUCCAGGGUGCUUCGUCCAAACACUGGACGGGCAUUUGUCUCUAUCUAUGAUUGCUUUGCUCUCCAAAAGAUGGAAGCUGCCCUACUUCAACCGGAGGACGUUACCAAGACUAAAAGUACUGCUUUUGCCAACAUCGUUUAUCGGGGGUCCAAUCUUCGCAGCGAGGUGACGGACAAGGUCAGAGAAGCGAAGUUCGAUCUUCAAGUGCUGGAAGUCACGGAGAAGGGUGAGAAACUCCUGGAGACGAACAAAGUUUCCAUGAAGUUGCGGCAGUGGGAUAAGGAUGAGCUGGUUUGCAUGGCUACUGGGACAGGUGUCAGGUUCGUUGAAAGCUUUACAGGCAAGCAGGAGACGAUUUGCGUCUUUCAGACUGAAGCAUAG